AUGCGACCACCACACCUUCUAUUCAACGAAUUUGUCUUACAAUUAGAUAUAACUAAUAAAUUAAUAAAUUUAUCUGGAAUCUAUUCUUCGCCGUGGGUACUGUGGGUAGGCCCAAAAUUAAUCGUAGUCUGUGAUGAUCCUGAAAAUAUUGAGAUUCUAUCAAAAAGUUCUAACAGAUAUGAGAAAAGUUCUCUAUAUGACUUUCUGAAAGAUUUUUUGGGUAAUGGAUUAAUUUCUGCACCAGCAUCAAUAUGGAAAAUUCAUCGAGACAUCUUAGAUCCAUUAUUCAAAGAACGAAUGCUCUCGACUUAUAUGGACUCAAUAGAAAAAAAUUCAAACAGACUAGCUAACAUUUUAGAAACUACUAACGGGGAAAAAGUUGAUUUCUUGCAUUAUGCACAUUUAUGUACAUUAGACAUAAUAUAUGGUGGCCUAUUGGAAAGUGAUUUAAAUUUGCAGAGCAAUCCAGAUUGUAAACUUAUUAAAUAUAUAAUACUAGACAUUGCUCUGCAAAGAAUGAUGAAAUUCUGGUUACAUCCAAGUAUUAUAUUUAACAAUUCAUCUAUGGGAAAAUGGCUACAAGAAAAUCUUUCACACUUUAAUAAAGUAACAAACGAGAUUAUAAAGAAAAAAAAGGAGUCAAUGAAUGAAGAUAACUUUACCCGUGAAGGAAAAGGUCCACAUGCAAGAAAAGAUACCAGUCCAAUCCUAGACGCCAUAUUUAAGUCAUUUUACGAGACAGGAGAAUAUUCGGAGACAGAUAUUCGUGAUGAAAUAAAUACUAUGGCUUUUGCAGGAAGUGAUACUGCCGCUAAAACACUUACAUUUUUAUUUUCAAUGCUUGCCACGUUUCCGGACAUUCAAGAAAAAGUAUACGAAGAGUUGUACGAUAUGUACGGCUCAAGCGAUUCUGUAGAUGUUCCUGUAACAAUGGAAGAUACUAAGAAAAUGAAUUAUCUGGAUCGAGUCAUUAGAGAAACUUUACGUCUUUUUCCUCCUGUUCCAAUUUUUGCGCGAACACUAUGUAGCGAUAUUAGAGGUCAAAUAUUUGCAAUGAUCGAAAUGAAGGCAAUAAUUGCUGUUAUAUUGAGGAAAUUUAUUGUUCAAAUAGACAAACCAGUACCAGUUGAAAAUGUUAACCUAAAAAUCGGCAUAACUGCGCAACUAGGGGAACCUAUUUUUUUGAGAUUUAACAAGCGAUAA